AUGUAUCAUACACUUACUUCAAUUCUUGCUAACAUUGCAAAAUCCGAGAGCGAGCGAAUGGAUUAUGAGAAAAAACUUUCUAAUGAUUUCGUUUCGCUUACGAAAGUAUUGUCGCGAAACGUCGAACACAUAAAUGAUGACCGAAAUGCUUUUUUCUUUCAACUUAUUCAAAUAUCAUUGGAGGUGAUAAAUGCUUAUCUCAAAAAUACUUCUUGUUCUGAACGUUUUGUUUUAUCAGUUUGCAAGGCCUUAAGUUUUCUGAUUAAUGGUAAAUCAUUUGUAUAUAUUGCUGUUCCAGUUUUAAAAACAUUGGGAAGUCUUAUUCGAUCUAUGUCUGGAUUCAGUGAAGAGAAAUUGGUACGCGCGGAAUUGUUAUCACUGAUUUUAGCUUGUCUUAAAUGGCUAGUAGUUUGUCGUGAUGAUAUUAAUAUUAAGGAGUUUGCUACAGCAUUUAUCUCCUUGCUUUCACUUUUGAAAAAGCAAAAUGAACUAACAAGUGAUUUGAUCGAGUCAUACUCGAAAAUUCUUGUCACAUCUGCAGUUACUGAUUUAUUUGCUAAAGCCAAACAGGAGUUAUUCAUAGCCCAUCCAACAUCUCAUGAUUUCGAAUUCAUUUCACCAUUCGUUCAACAAAUAUUGCUUAAAAGUGCAACACUUUGCCUAUUUGUUCUAAAGGAGCUUUCCACAGCAAUCGCUUCACAAGGGUAUGGUUCUAUGGCUCAGUUUAUAAUUCUUUUAUCAAUGAUCAAUUUAACUAAUGCAUCUCGUCCUAAAUUAUCAUUUGCGCCUAAUUCUGAUGAGCAAAAGAAAUUUAAACAGUAUUUGGAUGUGGCUAGAUCGUCACUUCUUGAGCAACUUGCAGAUUUCCCUAUUAAUGGUGAAAAUUCAAAUUAUUUAAAACAAAUUGAAAAUUUAUUCGCAAAAUAA